AUGACUCUAGUUGCUAGCGGGGUGCUAUAUGAUUGUCCUACCUGUGCAACACAAUUCACAUCAGUAGAGCAUCUAUGUAAUCACCUGACGGAUGAUCCACACUGCAACGGUGUACCUGUUCCACUUGCAAUUUGCCAACCCGCUGGUCCAGGGGAGGAGCGCACAGCUCGUUAUCAUGAAAACUCGGGAUCUAUCUAUGGUUUUCACCAACCAAACUCCUUUGAGCGUAUGAAGGCUCAUGACUACGAAGCUCAUCGUGCACAUAACGUGUACUACCCAUUUGCCGACAGGGAGGAAUGGGAGUUAGCAAAAUUUCUUAGUGACAAUCUUAACCAGGGUCAAAUUACUAGGUUUCUGAAGCUAUUGUGGGUUAAGUCAGAAACACGGAAACCACUGGCGUAUAAGUCUGCGCAACAGAUGUUCACCUUCAUGGAUGCCCUGCCAAAGGGACCGAAAUGGCGCUGUACAACCAUUCAUACCAAAGGUUACAUCACCACCCAUCCUGUACACCUAAUCUGGCAUGAUGCCCUGGAGGUGAUGUGGCACAUUUUUGGUAACCCGGUAUUCGCCAACGAUAUGGAGUUUGAUCCAUACAAGAUCCAGGACCAGCUCCCAUCGGGUGCUACUAUUGUUCCAAUAGUUCUUGCUUCUGAUAAAACCCUGGUCACCCGCCAAUCAGGUGGGCUCAAGAUGCAUCCUAUGUUUCUCACUACAGCCAACAUUCGAUCGGACAUCCGCAUGAAAGCUACUUCGCACGCAUGGUCAUGCAUCGCGUAUAUGCCUAUCCCACAAUUUAUUUGUCAUCCAGACUUCUGCUCGCUCUUGCAAGCCCGUGUCUGGCACUGGUGUGUAGAUAUCAUUUGUGAAAACCUUAAAAUCACCGCUGCAACUGGCACAAGCAUGGUGGAUCCAUCCGGUCACUCGCGCUAUGCAUUCACCCCCCUUGUCGCAUACACUGCGGACCUCCCUGAACAGCAGAUGAUUGUGUGUGUCAGUAAGAACGCAUCACCCAUUACCUUGGCUACCCAGUCACAGUUUGGGGAUGGCGUAUCAUAUCCUCCUCGUCAUGGGAAUAUCAUGAUUGAAGUGCUGCACCAACUUUGCCAACAUGAAGCCAAAUCACUUUACCUCAGCGGGGUCCAACUUCCCUUCUGGCACAACUGGCGCUUUAGUGAUCCUGCAUAUUUCCUUGCGCCUGACAUCCUACAUACACUCCACAAAUUUUUCUUUGACCAUAUCUUCAAGUGGUGCAAGGAAGUUCUGGGGGCGGAUGAGCUCGAUUCGCGCUUUCAUAGACAGCACAAAUGUGUGUCGCACGUCCAGAAAAUGACUGGGCGGGAGCAUCGGGAUAUCCAGCGCACAAUUGUUGCUACACUUGUGGGCGUUGCUGAUGCGAACUUUAUCCAAGCAAUUCCUCAAUCUCCAACUUUCACUCUGUCCUCAAUCACUGCUAUGACAUCCUCACUUGAAGAAUUCCAUCGCUUCAAAAGAGCUAUUAUCAGUGCUGAGGCUCACAGGGGGACCUCCGGUCCUAUUGAGCACUUUGAAAUACCUAAACUCGAACUUCUCACUUCAUUUGCUCGAGCUAUCCCUAAUCUUGGCGCCCCAAUCCAGUUUACAUCUGAGACCAGUGAACGCAUGCUGAUCACGCAUUGCAAAGGUCCUUUUACGCGCACUAGUCAUCAGCGUGCAAGCUUUAUGCAGCAAAUCUAUGCUCUCCUCCGCUCAAAAUCGUUGUCCAUCAAUAAUCUGAUCGACAAUGAAUUUGAGGAAGUUGUCGACAUUGACCCGGCGUUUGAUUGGAUCAUGCGCGUCUCUCCUGAGGAAGUUUCUCGUUUUCAUGGUCCCCGUCCAGUCCACAACCAUUUUCUCAAGGGGCUUCUUUCAGAAGAUAGCCGUGUCGCAUUCCACGUUACUGUUUCUAGUGAUCUGGCUGACAAGUCACCUAACUUUUUGGUGUGGUUAUAUCAUCUUCCGAACUUCCCUAAUCUACUUCAUGCCUUUAUUGAGCGCGUCAAUGUGUCAGGGUCCCACUUUCAAAUGCGUCUCCUUAAGGUUUGGAACAAAUUCCGUCUACAGUUACAUUCAGACCUGCGCCCACGUCUUGUGAUGCCAAGCCAACAAGUACAAGUGUAUCCACCGUCCGGAGCGUAUCCCCUUGGAAAUUAUCAAGUCGUAGUUGCACAAGUUCGAAUGGUAUUUGGCUUGUCAACGAGGGGUUCUGCGCUGCCUCCCGGACUUUCUGAGCCACUUCUUUACGUGCAACUCUUUGAAGUGAUCUCACGUCCGCAGGAUGAUCAUGCAGUUAUGAUGUACUGUGUCAAGCGACGGUUCAAGACCAGUCCUGAUGGUACACGAGCGAGGCUUGGAAUGAUUAUACCGCUUGUUGAUGUCACUCAUGCGAUCGAGUUGAUUCCUGAAUAUGGUCAAAGAGUUAAUCACAAUGUUACUGCUGCGACAUCCUUGGAACUUUAUGAUACCUUCUACCUCAACAGUUUUUCAGACAAGGAAUGGUAUCACGCAUUGCACGCAGAUUUUUAUUAG